AUGACAGAAAAACCACAGGAAGCGAGAAUCGGCGUUGGGUGUUUCGUCAUUUUAAAAGGUACCGCAACCACACCGGAUAGACUGCUGAUCGGUCGACGAAAAGGAUCUCAUGACAUCUCGAGUUUUAAAGAAUCCUUUGAAGAAUGUGCUAUUCGUGAGGUAUAUGUAGAAACAGGUUUGACCCUGAGCACCGCUGAAUUUGCCACGGCUACCAAUGAUGCGAUGACAGGUGACACAAUAAAUUCUUGUGUAAAAGACUUUGAACAAUUAUUCAUACGACAUUCAUCUCACGAUAGAUGAGAACAAGCACUACUGUACAAUGUUCAUGAAAGCAACAGUUGACCUUGAAGACAUUAAGAAUCUUAAAUAAAUGGAGCCGGAAAAAUUAGAUGGCGACUGGGCAUGGAUAACAUGGAACGAUCUCGCUAAAGAGGAUAAUCAAUAUCGCCCUCUGUUUUUACCUCUUCAAAAUCUUCUCCUCACU